UAUAUUGGGUUCAGAGGCCGCGAGCAAAGAACUGAGAUCCACGAGCUACAGUGGAACAAAGGAUAUAUCUUGCACCAGCUUGGUCAUAUCUUAAAUCUACAUGAGGAGGCUUUGCGCCCGGACAGAGACCAAUUCAUUUCGAUCAAUUAUGAAAAUAUAAUAGAAGAUGAAAGUUUAAAGAGAAAAUUUGAUAAGAUGGCAAGGGAAGAAUUCAAAUUUUUGGGACAGCCUUUUGAUCCAAACUCUAUAAUGAUGUGGCCUUACAAUGCGUUUAGAAAGCCAGGUUUGUCAGAUUACAGGGGAACUAUUUCAUCCAAAUCGAGCAAUGUACGAUUAAAAGACUCAUUUAAUACAAAACUGAGCGAUAGUGAUGUGGCAAGAAUUCGGGACUUGUACCAGUGUGUCGGAAAUCAGCAAAAUCCAAGAUUCCCCGUUGACGUUGUCUGUUCAUUUGAUGAUAAUGACUGCGGAUUUAAAGGACUGGGUGCGAAAAAAAGCUCUUGGAGGUGGAUUCCAUGGGACAGAGGAAGCAACCCAGACAUCGAAGCCUUGAACCCUUUUGGAAACCUGGUCUGGUCUUACAAUACGGCUGAAAAUUUCUUCAAUGGAAGGAUAGAGGAUCGCAUAUGGAGCGUCGGUUUUUCUGGAUUAAGCCCUCUAGAUAAAGAUCGUGGUCCAGAAGGAUGUAUAACUUUCAAAUAUUUAUUGACGAAGCGUUUUAGAGGACUUCACAGAAUAAAGUUGGUACAGGUGAACCUGUGGUCUCCUCUGGAUGCCACUAUUGUUACCUCGAAAUCCAUUUUCGAGUCGUCCGGGCAGCAAAUAUGGUACAUGGACACCAAAUUUCAGCCAUUAAUUCGUUACCGUUACUGGAUCCACCAAUCUGUCCGUGUGAACGUCGGAGGUCCAUUCAUGCUUUAUUUUGAAUCAAUAAAGGAAGCCGGCGGGAAGGGGACAUAUACCUUCAAAAUUGAUGACCUGGCGGUUCGUUACACGCCGUGUGAAGAAGCCUCCUGUUCUGACUCGAUUUUCAGGUGCUUUUCCGGAAAAUCGUCACGAACGUUAUCUCGGUCAUCUUCUACGGCAUCAAUUAGACCUCCCAAGAAAUAGAGGUCGAACGUUUGGUGCUACAUCAAAAGUAAAUAUGAACAGAAAUAAGAAGACGGAACGUAUCCACCCACCCUGCAACGGAUGGGCGUGGCUGCAAAUCUUGCCGGUAGUAUAUUCUCAAGCAACGUUUACUUGGAUUUUUUUAGAUAUAAUAACUUGCGACUAGUUCGUUACAUAAUUUAAUAAGACAAUCGGCAGCUAUAGCUAUUUACGUCGGAGUCCAGGAAAA